AUGUCUGCUCCCUCCCCCGAGCCUACGGGGAACAACAUACCAGUUCACCGUCGUCUCAGUGUCAUACCUGGAGAGACCGCUCCUCCUUCUACUCAAGGGACUCUCAAUGGAUCAAGAGAAUACCUUACCCAGCAAGAUUCACCAUCAGGAAACAAUCGGAUUACUCAGACUCAGGAACCAGCUUCCAAGGUAAAGUCGAAGAUCGAUUCAACCUAUAAACUCUCCAACCCUCUCGAUCGAUUCACAGAACAGGAAGUCAUGGACAAUGCAUCAGUUUUCGCGACUAAUUAUGGAUUGGACGAACAGAUCUUCAGAAAAGGUGGACUGGUGGCUAGACGACCUCAUGGCUUUGAAAGAAUGAAGGAUUUGGACUCAUUGGACAAAGAACGGCUCCGAUUGGAACGAGACCAUCCUUAUAAACAACCUUGGUUAUUGUAUAACCUUGUGCUUGUUUGCUCCCUUUCAGCAGCAGUGCAAGGGAUGGAUGAAAGUGUUAUUUCGAGUGCCCAGUUGAAAUUCCCCGCACAGUUCGGAAUCAACCACAAAUUUCCGAAUCCCAAGUACGCUCAUAACGCAGAAUGGAUCGAAGGUUUGGUCAACGGUGCUCCGUAUCUGUGCUGUUCGGUGAUUGCUUGCUGGUUGAAUGAUCCUUUGAACAGAUGGCUCGGGAGACGUGGUACUAUAUUCGUCACUGCCUUCAUAUCAUUCGCUACUUGUAUCCGGGCAGCCUGUACAAAUAGCUGGCAGCACUUGUUCGUGGCACGCUUCUGCCUUGGAUUCGGGAUUGGACCUAAAUCAGCAACCGUUCCAGUUUUUUCUGCAGAGUCAGUCCCUCACGGAAUUCGUGGUUCGCUUGUCAUGCAAUGGCAGAUAUGGACAGCGUUUGGGAUCAUGCUGGGAUACGUUGCCGGAUUGAUGUUCUACCAUGUUGCCGACACACCCCAUAUCACCGGACUAAGCUGGAGAUUGCAAUUGGGCUCAGCUGGAAUUCCUGCUCUAUUUGUCAUGGCCCAAAUAUUCUUCUUACCAGAGUCUCCCCGAUGGUUGAUGUCCAAGAACCGGCACAAGGAUGCGUAUAAAGCCAUGCUAAGAUUGAGAGGAAAUGACCUCCUCGCUGCUAGAGAUCUCUACUACAUGCACGUCUUGCUAGAAGAAGAGAAGGCUGUAGUUCGAGAACAUAACAGGUUUAUCGAAAUCUUCACUGUCGCGCGGAAUAGACGAGCUAUGUCUGCUUCUACUAUUGUCAUGUUUGGCCAACAGUUUUGCGGUAUCAACGCCUGUGUAUACUAUACCGCCACCAUCUUCACUGAGGCUGGAUUCAACGACAUCUCAGCUUUGUUAGCUUCCUUCGGCUUCGGACUCAUCAACGUCGUCUUUGCUCUUCCCGGACUCCUGACGAUUGAUAAAUUUGGAAGACGACCACUGCUCUUAAUAACAUUUCCGGCUAUGUCACUGCUUUUGCUCUUCACUGGAUUUUGCUUCUGGAUCCCCAGGGGUAAAGCAAGAAUUGGACUCGUCACACUGGGCGUUUACUUGUAUGAUAUGUUCUAUUCGGCGGGAGAAGGACCAGUUCCAUUGACCUAUUCCGCCGAAUGUUACCCUCUCUACGUAAGAGAUUUGGCUAUGAGUUUAUCUACAUCCACCUUGUGGGGUUUCAAUUUUCUUGUUUCUUUGACAUUCCCAAAACUUUUAGUCGCUUUCAAACCUCAAGGCGCUUUUGGGUUCUAUGCGGGAUGGUGUGCGAUCCUCUUUCUGUUGAUCUUCUUCUUUCUCCCGGAAACCAAAGGAUGGACUCUUGAAGAGUUAGAUCAAGUUUUCUCGGUUCCGACGAGUAAACACGCUUCGUAUCAACUUUACAAUGCUAAAUGGCACAUCCAACAUUACAUUUUUGGUUCAAAACAACCUCACAGGCCUCUGUAUCAAUUUGGAGACGAUGCCGAAUCAUCAGAAUUACAUACUAUCUUCACUGGAAAUUCUCACGCUUGA